AUGAGGAAUUUGGAAGCGGUGCUUCCCCCUCAAAAAGCCGGUGUAUUCUAUCUCGUUGCGAUGGAUCGAUUCUAUACGUCGGUGCAGCUAGCCUACCAGUUGUUGAAAAGGCAAGUUUACUGCGUGGGUACAAUUCAAGACGACCGUCAGGACUUCUGUCAAGACAUCGCAGUGAAGAGUGGUAAACGUCCGAAAAAGAUUGACCAUGGAACUACCCGCAUGGCCGUGGCCAAAAAUUGUCCGCUGAUGACUAGCCUAGUGUGGUGGGACCGCCGGCCAGUUCUUCUUUUUGGAACUGGAGGGAGUCGUGCAAUGGAGAGCUGCUACCGUUGGAAGUCAGGUGGUAGGCGCUCUGAGAUCCCUUGCCCUUCAAUGAUGCGAGAUUAUCAUCGCUGGAUGGGCGGGGUCGACGUACAUGACCAGCUGCGUCUUCAGCGCUACUCGCUUCAGCAACAGACGAAGUGCAAGAAGUAUUACAAGGCUAUAUUCUUGGGAUUGGUGGACGUAGCGAUCGUGAACGCGUACAUAGUCUACCGCGAGGCACAGAAGAGUCGCAAUGGUAAGCCACUUACGCAUGCCGAGUUCCUGACGCAACUUCAAGCGCAGAUGCUUGAUCUCACUGAAGAAGACUUUGCUGAGGUACGAUGGAUACAACAUGUUCUUAUACGACAUGUAUACAACGUGUUCACCUACAACAUGUUUACUUGUGUGUAUACAGCGCCAGCCACAGUGAGAGGGUCAGGUGAGAUUCUUAGUGCACUUCCAGCAGAUCAUGUGCCGCGCGAAAAACCAGACUACCAAGAGAUCAACGGGCAGCGCAAACGCAGACAACGGCAGUGCAAGGUAUGCUCAAACCGCAAGCGCAGUAUCGGUGAGCGCCGCGCAACCAAGUACUAUUGCCCUGGCUGCAGUCCAUCUGAGAAAACAAGAACGUACUUGUGUAAUAAGAAUGGUGCUGAGCGACCUCGUCCGCGGUGCGGCCGUGAUAUCCAAAACCGCGAGGCUGGUGCAGGACUCGGAAAACGAAAACGGCGCAGACGAGCAGGGGGUGAGGCCGCUGACGAGGAAGACACUGCUGAGGGUGAAGACGACGCGGAAGGCGAGGGCAGUGCUGAGGGCGAGGACACCGCCGAGGACGAGGACACUGCUGAUGGCGAGGACAAUAAUGAAGAGGAGAAUAAAGAGUGA